CAUGAGUACAAGCGCAUUGUCCUCGUCAGCGGGAGUGGGAUUUAGGGUUCUUGGCUGCCGCGCAUCGGCGGAGAAGAGGCGCGAGGUCCGGGUGUGCACGCACACCACUUGCAGGAAGAGCGGCUCCCUCCAGACGCUGCAAGCGCUCCAGAAUUUGGCGCCAGCGGCUGUGUCGGUGGAAUCAUGCGGUUGCCUGGGACGCUGUGGCUCGGGUCCAAAUCUUGUGCUGCUGCCAGACCAGCGCUUGGUCUCCUACUGCAACACUCCAGCGCAUGCUGCGCGCUUUCUGGACGUGCAAUGCGGAGCCAGCAAUCCCGAGAGUAAUCUUGCCGCUUUUGCUCUCGCUCAAAAGGGGGACAAGGCGGUCGACCUCGGCCAGCUCGAGCAAGCGUAUGAUCACUUCACACACGCGAUUGAGCUAAAUCCAAGCGGUGGCUUGCACUACAUCUAUGCCAAGAGGUCCGCUGUGCUGGUUGCCAUGGACGAUCUAGAAGCUGGACUAGCAGAUGCCAAGAUGGCUGCUGAGUUACAUCCCGACUGGCCAGUGGCUUUUGUCCGACAAGCCGACGCAUACACAAAGAUGGCCCAAUUCGAUGCAGCCAGGCAUUACUUGUCCCUUGCUCUUGGUUUGGAUCCCUCCCUCCGGAGAUCCAAGUCGUUCCAGCGCAAACUUUUGCAAGUGGAGAAGCAACUCUUGUCUGUAAAUGCAUAGGCCACUCAGGCUAAAGUAAGCUAUGUAAAACAUGCUCAGUUAAAUGUAUACCACUUUACUAAGUUACCAUUU